AUGGAAUCUUCUUCAAGCAAGACAGGAUAUCUGUUCUUCACCAGACAUGGAGAAAGAGCUGAUGACAAGAAGGUCAAGGAGUUUAGUCGCAUUAAAUUCUCUGGAGAUCCACCCCUCUCUAAAAGAGGCUAUGGUGCACUUAAAGAACACGGAGAGAAGAUCAAUACUUACAUCACAGAAACAUUAGGAUAUGAAGGAAAGAUUACUGCAGUCACAUCUCAUUUCAUUAGGACUAUUCAGACUGCAAAUUCAAUUUGCCAUUGCUUAGCUAACCCAAUCGGUUACAAUGAUGCUGAAGGGACAGAGCAUGAAGGAGUUAUCUUAGUGAACCCAAGUAUUUGCCUCGGACAUUCUUCUGGAAACUUUAAAUCUAACCCCUUCGGAAAAUUUCUUUAUGAUAAAGAGAAACCAGAAGACCUUAUCAAAGACUAUUGUGAGGAAGACUCAAAGUUCGGAUACGUUGAUGAUGAGAGCAGAACAGUCGAUAGACCAAAGUAUCCAGAGUCUAAAACAAAGUCAAGAUACAGAGAAGCUUUCUUGGAUAUUGCCACUCAGCAAUUCCUCAACGACCCUUCCUUCAAAGCUGGAGAUACUAAAGUGGUUAUGAUGUUCUCUCAUUCAGAUUGCUACGGCACUUUCUGUAAACUAUUUGAUGAGGAGUACAAAGCAUCAAGCCCUUGCUAUGGAGCUACUGCUGUUAUCAAGUAUACAAUAGACUCAGAAGAAAAUGAAUUGGUUGCAGAAUCACUUGACCAUGUAAUUGUCUAA